UCAAGUUGUUCGUAACAUACAAACGCGCGCAAAUACUACGGUGGCUAGCUAUAGCACGAUCGAUCUUUGCACGCACUAAGACAGAAAACCCCGGCGGGCCGGCGACGUAAACGUCGUGAUGAGCCAACAAGAACAAGCUCCUUCGGCGGCAGCAAUGCCAGUGCAGGCGCCGCCGCCUCACGUCCUCCUGGUGGCGUACCCACUGCAGGGCCACGUGAACCCUCUCCUCCGCCUCGGCCGCCGCCUCGCGUCCAGGGGCCUCCUCGUCACCUUCACCACGUUCCUCUUCUUCCCCAACGCCGGCGCCCUCCGCUCCAUGCCCGCCCACGGCGCCUGCCUCCACGGCGUCCGCUUCCACUACCUCGACCUCGACGCCACCGGCGCCCUGGACUCCCUCGAGGACAUGCUGCGCCACGUCACGGGCGCAGGCCCCGCGGCGCUGUCCGGCCUCGUCCGGCGGUUUCAGCAGCCGCGGCCGGUGACGUGCGUGGUGAACACCACCUUCGUGCCGUGGGCGCUCGACGUCGCCGCGGACCUCGGCGUCCCGCGCCGCGCCACGCUCUGGACGCAGUCCUGCGCCGUCCUAUCGCUCUACCACCACUUCUACAACAACCACAACGACUCCAACUCCAAUGCCAGCAGCGUCUUCCCAACCGCCGCCGAGCCGGACGCGCAGGUGGCGCUGCCGGGGCUCCCGAAGAUGUCCAUGGACGAGCUGCCCCUCAUGGUCCGCCCCGAGCACGCCCACAACGCGUGGGGCGACGCGCUCAGGGCGCAGCUCACGGAGACCGGCAUACCGGGCGAGGCGCCGCCGGAUUCUUCUCCGUGGGUGCUCGUCAUCACCUUUUACGCCCUGGAGCGCCCCGCCAUCGACGCGCUCCGGACACGCACCGGCAUGCCCGUCACGCCCAUCGGCCCGCUCCUGGACCUCGAACCCGACGACGCCCACGACCACGCCGAAGCCGGCAUCACGGCAUGGCUGGACGCGCACCGGCCUUGCUCCGUGGUGUACGUGGCCUUCGGCAGCCUGGUCGACAUCGGCCGCGCCGAGAUGUCAGCCAUGGCAGAGGGGCUUGCCACCACCGGCAGGCCGUUCCUGUGGGUAGUCCGUGAGCGCGACGACCUCCAUGACCUUCUUCUUCCCUCGGACUCCAAUGGCUGCAAGAUCGUGCCGUGGUGCGCGCAGGGCCGCGUGCUGCGCCACGCUUCCGUGGGGUGCUUCGUGACGCACUGCGGGUGGAACUCGGCGUGCGAGGCAAUGGCGGCGGGGGUGCCGAUGGUGUGCUACCCGUGGUGGUCGGACCAGUUCACCAACGCCAGGUUCGUCGCCGAGGAGUUCCGGGUCGGCGUCCGGCUGCAAGCGCCCGUCACGGCCCACGGGCUGGCCGCGUGCGUCGAGGCGGUGAUGGGCCGUGGGCCGGAUGCCGCGGCGAUUAGGGACAGGGCGGCGGCGUGGAAGGAGGAGGCCGCGGCGGCUGUGGCCCAUGGAGGGUCGUCGGACCAGAGCCUCAGGGCUUUUGUUGACUUCUUGCGAUCGCCCGUUGGGUGAUCUCGUUGCGAAGGCGGAUGAACCAACGCUGGGAUCGGCCAGUUCGUUGGUUUGCUACGCCUGGUUGCAUAAAACUUGAGAAAUUACUACUACUCAGUACUAGGCAUGGAUUGCAAGAAACUAGAGAUUGGACGACGACUCUAUGCUACUCUCUCAGUCUCUCUCCGUGUUAAUAUUUGCAAAAUGCUUAGCUUCUCCUUAUUUUCUUCACAAA